AUGCAGGAGAUGUUUUCAAUGUAUAUUGAAAACUGGUCUCAGAUCUCGUUCAUCGAGUUGUAUGUUGAGUUUGAACAAUCUGGGGCUGACUGGAAUAUUCUACAGGAAGAUUAUUAUAGUGACAGUGAAGAAGAGUUCGAAAGCAACUAUGAAUUUGUUGUUCCAGAUGGUGAUGAAGAUCAAGGUGACAGAACCAUGGAGCCAGAUGUGACAGAAGUGGCAAAUGCACUCGCAAACGAAGUGCCGUUUGAGGAGCCAUCAUUCAUUGGAUUUUUAGACUUGGAAGCCAUGCAUGUUCCGGAAUUUUCGGAAUAUAUGACUGCAGCAGAAAUUCCUAUCGUCGCAGAUGGUGAAUUUGCCGUUGGGAUGGAGUUCAGUUCCAGAGAAGCUGUUAUUAAGGCGGUAAAGGAGUAUACCAUACGACGAAGCGUAGACUACCGGGUAUAUGAGUCUGAGCCGUUGACAUUUUAUACAAAGUGUACACAGUAUGGGUCAGGGUGUGAUUGGCUUAUCAGGGAUCAUUCGAAGCUGGACUCUAUCACAAUUGCAGAAGCAAUAAAGCCACUGGUUGAAGCUGACCCCUCCUUAAAGGUAAAAUCGGUUAUAACAGAAGUGCAAUCGAAAUUCAACUACACCAUCAGUUACCGGAAAGCAUGGUUGGCUAAGCAGAGGGCAGUAGAAAAAAUAUUUGGAGGUUGGGAAGCAUCGUAUGAGGCGUUGCCUAUAUGGUUUGAGGCCAUGUGUCACAAGGAGCCAUCAGCUGUUGUCCAUUUUGAGACUAUACCUGCAUAUCAAGGCGAUGACUUGGUGGGUGAUAUUCGGGAUGGCAACAACAAUAUCGUCCCUAUUGCGUUUGCUAUUGUUGAGGGAGAGACUUCUGAGGCAUGGCAUUUUUUCCUUAGUAACCUCCGUCAACAUGUUGUUACUCGGGAUGGAGUGAGUCUAAUAUCUGACAGGCACGAGUCCAUCAAUGCAGCUGUGAAACGUAGUAACAGAGCUUGGUCACCUCCUAGAGCUUUUCAUAUGUUUUGCAUCAGGCAUAUAGAGUCGAAUUUUCUGAGAAAGUUCAAGGCACCGCACCUCCAUAAAUUGGUCGUUAACAUCGGAAAUUCCAGGACGGUGCGGGAGUACGAAGUGCGUUACCAACGGUUAAGGGACCGCGGCGAGGCGUACACAAACUGGUUAAACCGAAUUUCUCGCGAACAGUACGCAUUGGCCUUUGAUGGCGGGUACCGAUGGGGUCACAUGACGACGAAUCUAGUGGAGUGCAUCAACUCAGUUUUGAAGGGUGCACGCAAUCUUCCCAUUACUGCUCUUGUGAAGGCAACAUUCUACAGGCUAAAUGAGUUGUUCACCCGUAAAAGAGCGGAGGCGGAAGCCCGAAUCAAUGCUGGCCAUGUGUUUUCUGAGAUAGUGACAUCGAAGUUGCAUGCAAACUAA